GCGCGGCGAGCUGACGUCACGUACGGCGCGUACUUCCCGCGGUCCGGCCCUCCCAUCACAGUGAUCUUGGACGUCUUUCCCGCCGGUAGUGGCAGCCGUCUGCGCUCUCUUGGUACUGGAAGCUGACUACGAGUACCAAAGGCGGGGCCUCGUGGACCCCUGCUCCUCCAAAAGGAUGGCCCAUUUCUCCAGCGAGGACGAGGCGGUGUUGCAGGCCAUGCUGAGGCAGCUGUUCCAGAGCGUGAAGGAGAAAAUCACGGGUGCUUCCUCCCUGGAGUGCGCCGAGGAGAUCCUUUUACAUCUGGAGGAAACUGAUGAAAAUUUUCACAACUAUGAAUUUGUGAAAUACCUGAGACAGCAUAUAUGCAAUACUUUGGGGUCUAUGAUUGAAGAAGAAAUGGAAAAAUGCACAUCCACUCAGAACCAGGGUGAGGAAUCUGGCUAUGACACAGUUGUACAACACGUUACUAAAAGAACUCAGGAAUCUAAAGAGUAUAAAGAAAUGAUGCAUUCCUUGAAGAACAUUAUGAUGGUAGUGGUGGAAUCUAUGAUUAACAAGUUUGAAGAAGAUGAGAUACGAAGUCGAGAGAGGCAGAAAAACAUCCAGAAGGAGAAAAGCAAUAGUUCCUGCACAGACAAUUGCUCUGACAGUGAUUCAUCAUUCAAUCAGAGCUACAAAUUUUGUCAAGGAAAAUUACAAUUGAUUUUAGACCAGUUGGAUCCUGGGCAACCUAAAGAGGUGAGGUAUGAAGCCUUGCAAACAUUAUGUUCAGCUCCUCCAUCUGAUGUCUUAAACUGUGAAAAUUGGACCACUCUCUGUGGAAAACUGACAGCAUUGCUUUCUGAUCCUGAUCCUGUGUUUAGUGACCGAAUUUUAAAAUUCUAUGCACAGACAUUUACACUUUCACCGUUACAUAUGACUAAGGAAAUUUAUACAAGUUUAGCUAAGUAUUUGGAGUUAUACUUUCUUUCUAGAGAAAAUCACAUUCCUACUUUGUCAGCUGGUGUAGAUACAACUAAUUCCAAUGUGAUCCACAUACUUAAAAAGGUUCGUCUUCUAAAUGAAUAUCAAAAAGAGGCUCCAUCUUUUUGGAUUCGUCACCCAGAGAAGUAUAUGGAAGAAAUUGUGGAGAGUACUUUGUCCUUGUUAUCAGUUAAACAUGACCAAAGCCAUCUUAUUUCACAAAAGAAUUUGGAUCCAAUAUACUUUUUUGCAUUAGUUGAUACCAAAGCUGUAUGGUUCAAAAAGUGGAUGCAUGCAUAUUAUAGCAGAACAGCAGUACUGAGACUUCUUGAAAAGAAAUACAAAGCUUUGAUAUCCACAGCAGUUCAGCAGUGUAUUCAAUACUUUGAAUUGUGUGAGGCCAUGAAAGCUGAUGAAGUUUUGGGACAUUCAAAGUAUUGCAGCAACAAACAGAAAACUUUCUACUACUCAGGACAAGAAUUACAAUAUAUUUGUUUUAUUCAUUCACUGUGCUUAUUAGGAAGAUUAUUGAUCUAUACACAAGGCAGAAAACUAUUUCCUAUAAAGCUGAAGAAUAGGAAAGAUUCAGUAUCCCUUACAGAUCUGCUGGUUCUGUUUACUCAACUUAUCUAUUACUCACCAAGUUGUCCAAAGAUGGCAUCAUCUGUACAUUCAGAGAAUUAUUCUCCUGCAAGUAUGGUGACUGAAGUUCUGAGGAUACUCUGUGAUCAAAAAGAAUGUGCGAUUGAAUGCUUGUAUACUACUACUGUGAUAGACGCACUCCUUCAGCCUAUUCACAAUUUAAUGAAAGGAACUGAGGCUGCUCCAAAUUGCUCUGAAACAGCUUUAAUUCACAUAGCUGAUAUCUUGGCAAGAAUUGCUUCUGUUGAAGAAGGACUUAUUUUACUUCUUUAUGGAGAAAACAUCCAUUCUUCUGAAGAAGAAAGUCCUACAGGUGCUCAUAUAAUUGCCCAGUUCUCGAAAAAGCUUCUCGAUGAAGAUAUUUCUAUUUUUUCUGGAUCAGAUAUGUUGCCUGUGGUUAAAGGAGCUUUUAUUUCUGUGUGUCGCCAAAUAUAUGGUACAUGUGAGGGCCUGCAAGUGUUAAUUCCUUAUAGUUUGCAUGAAUCUAUAGCAAAGGCAUGGAAGAAGACAAGUUUGCUCUCAGAAAGAAGUCCUACUCCAGUAGAAGGUUCUGAUUCUGUGUCUUCAGUAAGCCAGGAUUCCCAAAAUAGUAUGGCUUGGGAAGAGAAUUUAUUAGAUGAUUUGCUAAAUUUUGCUGCCACCCCAAAAGGAUUGCUACUACUUCAAAGAACAGGAGCCAUCAACGAAUGUGUGACAUUUAUGUUCAACCAAUACACAAAAAAAUUACAGACUAGCAGGCAUAAGAAGUUUGGCUAUGGAGUUUUAGUGACCCAAGUGGCAUCAACAGCAGCAGGUGCAAUAGCAUUACAAAAUUCAGGGUUUGUUAAUGCACUUGUAACUGAAUUAUGGUCUAACCUGGAAUGUGGAAGAGAUGAUGUUAGGGUAACCCAUCCCAGAUCUACUCCGGUGGAUCCUAUUGACCGAAGCUGUCAGAAGUCUUUUCUAGCACUGGUGAACUUGUUAUCCUAUCCUGCUGUCUAUGAGCUAAUUGGCAAUCAACAUCUUCUUAAUAAAGCAGAAUAUUCUCUUCGUGAAGUCCCAACAUGCAUUAUUGAUAUUAUUGAUAGACUUAUAAUUUUGAAUUCUGAAGCCAAGAUUCGUUCUUUAUUCAAUUAUGAACAAUCACAUAUCUUUGGUCUCAGGUUACUAAGUGUGAUAUGUUGUGAUCUGGAUACUCUUCUCCUAUUAGAAGCUCAGUAUCAUGUAUCUGAAAUGUUGCUAAAUGCUCAAGAAGAAAAUAUAUUAGAGACCCCUGAGGGCCACAGGAACUUUAUAAUUGAUGGUUUAUCAGUAGAAAGAAAUCAUGUUCUUGUUAGAGUAAAUAUUAUUGGUGGGCCAUUGGAACGGAUUUUGCCUCCACGGACACUAGAAAAGGGCGAUGAUCCAUAUCCUUGGCCAAUGUUUUCAUCAUAUCCUUUGCCAAACUGCUACCUAUCAGAAAUUGGAAGAAAUACUGAUACAGAGCAAGACAAUGAUCUUGGAAAGCUUUUAUUACACUUCAAAAUGUCUGAUAAACAAACCGAAUUGAUAGAAAACUGCCGGAGACAGUUUCGUGAAAUAAUGAAGUCCAAACCUGAUAUAAUCAGUGGCAGUGCUUUAGUGGAAUUACUUGAAAUAUUUGUGCUUCAUCUCACUGAAAGCCCGGCUGAAUGCUACUUUCCCUCAGUGGAAUAUACAGCUACUGAUGCAAAUGUGAAGAAUGAAAGUCUUUCAUCUGUGCAGCAGCUUGGCAUUAAAAUGACUGUCAGAUAUGGCAAGUUCCUUAAUCUGUUAAAAGAUGGUGCAGAAGAAGACCUUACCUUGGUUUUAAAGCACUGUGAAAGAUUCCUGAAACAGCAGCAAGUGUCUGUAAAAUCUUCUCUUCUCUGCCUGCAAGGGAAUUACGCUGGCCAUGACUGGUUUGUAUCUUCGCUUUUCAUGAUAAUGUUCGGGGACAAAGAGAAAACAUUCCAGUUUCUUCAGCAGUUCUCCAGGCUUCUGACCUCUGCUUUCCUUUGGUUGCCAAGACUACAUGUUUCUAAGUACCUACCUCCUGACACUAUAGAAUCUGGCAUCCACCCCGUCUAUUUUUGCAGCACUCACUAUAUCGAAAUGCUACUCAAAGCAGAGGUGCCACUUGUGUUUUCAGCUUUUCAUAUGUCUGGUUUUGCACCAUCACAGAUUUGCCUGCAAUGGAUAACUCAGUGUUUUUGGAAUUAUUUGGAUUGGGUGGAAAUCUGCCAUUAUAUUGCUACUUGUGUUUUCCUUGGUCCUGAUUAUCAAGUGUAUGUGUGUAUAGCUAUAUUCAGACAUAUACAACAAGACAUUCUGCAACACACCCAAGCUCAAGAUCUGCAAGUUUUCCUAAAGGAAGAAGCACUACAUGGGUUUCGAGUGAGUGAUUAUUUUGAAUACAUGGAAAUUUUGGAGCAAAACUACCGACCAGUACUACUGAGAGACAUGCGGAACAUUAGAGUACAGUGUACCUAGAACAUGAACUAUAUAGUUUAAUUUUGUUUUUGAAGAAAACAAAUUGAUUGUUUUCUAUGUAUGUCUCUAAGAUAUAUGCUUUGUGAAUAUACAUUAUAAGCCAGAACUGAUGAUUUGCAUAUGAUAAUAUAUUUGAGUAUCUUAAUAUGUGACAUGAAGUAAAUUCAUUUUUGUUAAGUUUAUUAUUUUGUUAGAAUCAACUCUAACUUGCUUGUAGUUCUUAUUUAUGUUUAAGAGUUAAUCCCAAUUUACAUCUCCUCCUUCACCAGAUGAUUAAAGUAUCUUUGUUUCAGAUAAUUUGUAAAGAACAAUCCAUAUUGUUGACUAGGCAGAGAUAGUACAUAGAAACAAGGAAUAGACAGUCAUUUUUCCCAUUCUUUAUGUACAUAUAAAGGAAGACAUACAAAACCACAGCUGUUUAUUUUACCUGUUGAAGAACAAAUGAUAUUUGUCAUGGCAAGUGAAAAAAAAAAACUAUUGUCCUCAGACAUAAUAGUUUUUCUAGGAGUUGUUUCGGAUACCUAUAUCAAAAGUUACAAUUUUUCAUUUGCAAUGUAGUCUUUACAUGGUUCAUUUAAAAGAUAGAUUGGUUAUUUUAUACUGAUAAUAAGUGUCCUGUUACUUGUUACGCAUUUUCCUUAGCUAUAGAUUUGAUUCAUACUGAACUUGAAAACAUUAAGGAGAAUAGAUUUCUAAAUUAUUUUAAACGGCUAACACUAUGUUUUAUUUUGUUUAAGUAGAAGUUUCUGUGCCAGGAAGAUU